CAGAUUCAUUUAAAAUUUUAGUAAUGAAUUUGUCAGGACAGUCAGAUGACUGUACUAAUGUAUAUACAGCUGUGAAAUCUGUGAAUAUUGAAGUAUUGAAAGAAUUAUUGGAACAUGGGAAGGAUUAUAAUGAGAAGGAUAAAGAAGGGUGGGGGCCUAUACACCAUGCAGCUUAUAACGGACAUUUUGAAUGUGUGAAAAUAAUUUUUGAAAAAGCGAAUUCGGAUUAUAACUCCGUGCCUGAAGUAUUAGAGAAGGUGUUAUCACCUAGUGUGUAUCAUUGUAGUACACCAUUAUCUCUUGCUGCUAUGCAAGGACAUUAUGAAAUUGUCGAUUUUUUCGCUGAUAUUUAUCGAAAAGCUGAAGUACAUGUAAACAAAAUGGGAUUUCCUUUGCACAAAGCAUGCAGGCAUGGACAUAAUAAAUGUAUUGAGGUGCUUGUGAAAAAACUUCCUCAGUGUAUUAAUGUGAUGGAACUUUCUGGAUGGCAGAUGCACCCGAUACAUUUUACAGUCGAAGAACAGAAUUUGGAAGGUACGAAAAUUUUAUUACAAAAUGGAGCUGAUGUUAAUACAACAUGUAUUUUCAGUCGCACACCUCUGUAUCUUGCCGUUUGGAAAAAUAAUUAUGAAAUCGUGAAACUUCUUGCUGAUAAAGUACGUGAUAUAGACGCUUAUGAUGAUGACGAUUGUACUCCGUUAUUCUUAGCGGUAGUAAAAGGAUAUGUUGAAAUAGUACGCUGUCUGCUUGACAACGGGGCUGACGCUUCGAAGCCUGCAGAUUACGGUCAGAUAUUGUAUCCCAAAUUGCCAUGCAUUCCUAUGGAUAUAGCCGUAGACUAUCGGGAUUUUGAAAUCAUUAAAUUAUUAGCGGAUGGUACACCCCGUGACAAAGGUCUUAAUGCUGUUAUUCAUGCAGCUUUGAACGGAAAUACGAAUUGUUUGAUCCAUUUGUUUGACAGGGGAUUCCCCACAUUUGAUUCAACAACGAAAAUUUAUGAUACGCUUGUGUGGGUCUGUUUACUACAAGAGUGCCCAGAUAAAUUUUGCGCAGAAACAAUAAAAAUUCUUUAUAACCAUGGAACUGAAUUUCAAGAAUUGGCAAAAUUUGAUGAAAGUGUAUGUAUUGUCGAAAUUUAUCUUUUGCCUGACGUAUUUGCUGAUUUAAACAUCGAAGCUUUGAAACAAUUUUUAAAUGCAGGAAUUUUAGAAAUACGGUUUGAAUAUGGCAUGUCUCCUGAUGUAGAAUCCAUAAUUAAUAAACAUAAAAAUUUUCAAAAUGAUUCGAGUUUAAAAAGAGACAUUCCUGGAAUAUUAUUCUGUUUAAAUUAUUUUCCGUUUUUGACAAUUUCAUUCGGAAAGUCAGAACCAACAGAGGAAAAUUUCUCGGAAGGAGACCUAGUACAAAAUAUACCUUCGUUGUUAAAUUUAUCUAGAUGGUUCAUACGAUGUUUGAUUAUAAAAAAGAAAGGCAUGGUUCGGCAAGAAUAUGUCGAGAGUUUGAAACUUCCAAAAAAAAUCACAGCGUUUUUAUUGCAUUGCUGACUUAAAAGGUUUGUGGUCACUUCAGUAGGCCUAUGCGAUAAAACUAUGUGACGGCUUCGGCUUCCUCCACCUCCAAGUCAAUGUUUUCUAAAACAAAUAACUGUCUAACUAAUCCCAUACCUGACAUGUACUGGUAACUGCACAAGAGGCUGCGUUUCACCAUAUAUGAUUAAGCCGUAUUAUCGGCUUUCCUCUCCCCCAGGAUAAAUAUGUAAAUCUUAUCAUAUCCAGUUAGGUUAGGUAAAUACUAAAAUCACUGCAUGCCAAAGUUGCACCAAAUUUUUUUGUGAGUGAACAUAGUAUUUCAUCGCAUGUUUUAACCAUUUUAUUUUUUAUAUUGCCUAACUUGGUUGCCCUUGAAGUUGACUACAUUAAUGUGCAAUUUAGAUUUUAUUUUUCUCUGACUGGACUGCGCUUAUUUUGUAUAUGUUAGUGUGUGGAUUUAUAGCAUAUGCAUGGAAGCCUUUGCAUGACAAUUUUACCGGUAUAACAAUUUUUGGCGCUCCUGCAGUAUGUGCACCAAGAUUGCAGACACUGGAAUGUAGUUUGUGUACCAGGUUGGGACAUAAUUUUAUUCUAAUUUUG